GUUGGCUCCGCUGCUCUCGCCCAGUGCAUUGUGGUCUGUGUGCUAAAGGAAGCUGCUGCACCGGAAUCUGAAGAAUUCGAGGUGUCCGCCAAGUCUACUGUUCAUCGUCGGCUAGUCUCUCUGUACCCCUAUCUGCACUGUACUCUCUGCGGACACACUGUAAGGUUAACAACCAAGGGAAAAAAUGUCUCAGGCCGACAAAUUGAAGCAGGGCCAAUUCACCAACCCUGAGACCCCAGGGUAUGUUGGAUUUGCCAACCUGCCUAACCAGGUUCACCGCAAGUCAGUAAAAAAAGGAUUUGAGUUUACAUUGAUGGUGGUAGGUGAAUCUGGACUUGGAAAAUCCACCCUGAUCAACAGCCUGUUCCUCACUGACCUUUACCCCGAGAGAGUUAUCCCUGGAGCAGCAGAAAAGAUAGAAAGGACGGUUCAGAUCGAGGCGUCGACAGUAGAAAUUGAAGAGCGAGGAGUGAAGCUCCGUCUCACUGUGGUAGACACGCCAGGAUACGGAGACGCCAUCAACAGCCAAGACUGUUUCAGCACCAUUAUCAGCUACAUUGAUGACCAGUUUGAGCGCUACCUCCAUGAUGAGAGCGGUCUAAAUCGUAGACACAUUGUUGACAAUCGAGUACACUGCUGCUUCUAUUUCAUUUCCCCGCUUGGCCAUGGCCUGAAACCCCUGGAUGUUCAGUUUAUGAAGGCCAUUCACAAUAAGGUCAACGUGGUUCCUGUCAUCGCCAAGGCAGACACGCUCACCCUCAGAGAGAGGGAGCGGCUCAAGCGCAGGAUUCUGGAUGAGAUUGAUGAACAUGGCAUCAAGAUCUACCACCUUCCUGAUGCUGAGUCAGAUGAGGAUGAGGAUUUCAAAGAGCAGACCAGGAUCCUGAAGGCUAGCAUCCCAUUCGCAGUGGUGGGAUCCAACCAGCAGAUUGAGGCCAAAGGGAAGAAGGUGAGGGGCCGCCUGUACCCCUGGGGAGUGGUGGAGGUGGAGAAUCCAGAGCACAAUGAUUUUCUCAAACUGCGGAUCAUGCUGAUAACCCACAUGCAGGAUCUACAGGAAGUGACCCAGGACCUUCACUACGAGAACUUCCGCUCGGACCGCCUCAAACGGGGUGGCAGGUUGUCCUCCCAUGGUUACAUUCUGCCUCUGUCUCCUGCAAAGGGACCGGAGCCGGAGGAAACGGACAAGGACAUGAUCCUGCAGGAGAAGGAGGCUGAGUUGAGAAGAAUGCAGGAGAUGAUUGCCAAGAUGCAGCUCCAGAUGCAGAAGCAGGGAGACGGAGAGGGAGACGGCCCACAUGUGUGAAAAGUCUAUGGUGUUUGAGGCACUGCUCCAGUUUGACUAGAGACGGAUGAUGGCAGAGAACGUGGAAAAGCGUUCUGGUUACUGACUCGUACUGCUUGCCACUAUUUUUUAUUCCAAUCCUACAUGGGAUGUGGAGUCAUUUGGUUUUUUUUAUACAUACAUACAGUAAAGUAUAUUCAAACAGUGUUAUGUUUAUAUAUUUUGACACGGUUCUAUUUCUUUAGUUUUUGUUUUUUAAAUUGUAUUAAGCUUUUGCCAGUCACUCAAAUGAAGUCACAUAAUCCAUCUUCUAAAAGGUGGCAUAUAUCUUUGUUACAAACUUACUUUCCCCCUUUUUUACUUUGCUAUUUAGAAAAGCAAAGUACUGCUGUUUGUAUUCAGGGCUUUUAGUUCUGAAACAUCUCAGAGCACGUGCUGACCUUUGCUCUGUGAAAGAGCUUCAUUGGGAGUCAACUAUGGUGAAAACUAGUAGCUUUUUCCGCCAUCGUUAUGCCAUUAUCUGGAUACUGUUGUCAAGAGAACAUGAUUUCAUAUUCCCUCUGGUUAAGAAAUGACCACACAAGCUUCCCAUUAGAGUCCACUCCUGCUCAGUGUUAAGAAAUGACCCAUUUCGUCUGCAUGAAACUCGACCAUGGUCAAAUUUAGCUGGAUCAGCUUCCCCCUUUCCUGUCAGUCUUAUCUAUUACUGCAGUUCUCAGAUCAGUGCAUUUUAAGUAUGAUGGCAUUCAAGUGUUGUUAAGCUCCUUUUGAGUUUGAUAUUGUUGAAAACUGUGACCAUUGACCUCUUACUUAGUCUUCCUAUAGACAAAAUGAAGGAUGUUCAAAUGAGGCGUGAUGCGUCUGUUUGGUGCUUUCAAUGGACUAGAAGUAGUUACUCCAUGUUUCCUCUACACUGUCAGGUGAAGUCAUGUGCCAGGGAGCAUUUACCGUGUUGUGUUUUCAUUGAUGCAGUGAGAUUUAAGAGGUAUAAACUUUUACCUAUCCCAACUGCCGAGUACUUUGUGGUUUCCAUGACCACAGAGAUUAAAAAAAGUGACCCGAUGGUCAGUGUAGCCAACGUUUCCCUCACCAGCCAAGAUGUGAGUUCUUGACAUUCCUCUUUGUCCUGUUUUUACCCAAUAUUAAAGUACCAAAUAUUGUUCUUGAUACAUAUAUUGUAAGUUUUAUUAAACUUUAUUAAUCUCUUA